CAUGGUGAUAUGUCAAAAGUUUCAAAAUUUCCCUUGUAAACACCAGGAGUUUAUUUCGCCAUGGACGACGUCGAAACGGAGCUCGCAUGCGACGACGGCGUCUCCGCCCUAGCUUCGGACGCCACGCGCACAGGCGACGCCGUUCACACGAUCUCCGCCGGAAAGGACCCCAGCCACGAUUCCGUACCGGCCCUGCAGUCCUACCAGAUAAAGCCCGCCCUGGAAGACAAAUUUAAGGAGAACCCGGUGAAGGAGAUCAUUCGCAAUACGGUUACGAGCAAGCUCGCGGGACGGUAUUACGACUCGGACAACGCGAAGAAGUGGACCAUAUCGAUCGCGAACGAUGUCAAUACGCGAGUUAGAGAGUUGAAAAUGAAGCGAUACAAACACAUCGUGCAGGUCACCAUCGGUGAACUGAAAGGAGCCGGGGUCAAAUGCGGAGUGCGUUGCCUGUGGGAUUCCGAAACGGACGGCUACACCAGUGACACCUUUAUGAACGAGACCAUUUUUUGUGUUGUCGUCGUGUUCGCAGUGUAUUUAUAUUGAAGAUUUGUAACGAAUAAAAUGUUUUAUUAGC